CCUGCGAUUGCGAUAACGAUCACCCGAAAGCCUACCGACCCGAGUCAACGACCGAUCUGGCCUUCGAGCCGUGCCAGGUGGAGACAAGACGGACCAGGGUAAACGGCGUUGGUGGUGGCAGAUCAAGAUGUUUUCGUCACGACGUGUCGAGCCGCCUUCGGCGCCGAGGCCACCUUCGAGCUCUCAGAGCAAAAGCUUCUCCAAGUCCGGGAGACACCGGAGAGCAAGUUCGUCCGUCACCAAGGAAGCCGGUAUCUCCAAGAGGUCUCUUGAACCCGGCUCCCGCCGCCGCGCCGGCACCGUCUCCAAUUCGGGUCCCUCCGACUCUACACCCAAUGUCUCGGCCAUCGUCACCCUCGUUGUUGGCCAGGAGCAGAGGAUCUUCGCCGCCCACGAGAAUGUCCUUUCCGCCUCGCCGUUCUUCCAGACCGUCCUGCAAAAUCAGAUGAUGGACUCGCAAACCAAGAAGAUCUCGCUGCCCGAUGAAGAGCCCGAAGUCUUCUCGUCCGUUCUCGAGUAUUUGUACAAGGGCGACUAUUAUCCACGUCUCGUCCACAACAAGAAGCGGAACUCGUGGGAGUUGGAACAGGCAGGCGAGGAUGGCCGCUCCGAGGCCACCAUCCAUCAUCACAGUAUUGAGGGCGAGUUGUUGAAGGACACCGCCAUCUAUUGCGCUGCCGAUAAGUACGGCCUGGAGGAGCUGAAGCGUAUCUCUCUGCGCAAGCAGGGCCUUCAAUCCGGUAUCCAAGCCAGCACCAUCCUGACCUCUGCUCGCUAUGCCUACGCCAACACUCCCGAUACGGACUCCAAGCUGCGGGCACACUACUUGGCUCUCAUCAUCCGCAGCCGCAGCACCUUCAAACGGAGCGGCACGAUGCAACUUGAGAUGUUCAACGGCGGCAGCCAGCUCUUCUUCGACUUGUUUGUUGCCUUGUGCAAUCAUGUCGAUGACAUCUCUAGUGCUGCCUCGACGCCUCGCACUCCUCGCAGUGGGCGCCCGUUCUAAAUCCUCACUUUUCUUUUCUCUCUUCUGUGAUACCCGACACCCCUCAACAAAACAACGAUACCUGCCCCGCUCGUGUUCUCGACUCUGCGAUGGAUGAUGCUUCAUACCCCUGCCUCCUUCGAUUCUAAUUGUUUACGCACACGGAUUUUUACGAUUAAUACGCUCUAAUCUUUUUUUGGGUUCGGCUGGGGCAUAGACAUUUCCAUCAUCGUUUUCAUGGUUUUGGCGCAGGGAUGGGCUCGGCUAAGUCUGCUUUUAAUCGCAUGGGGUGGUGUUGUGUUUUUGCUUUGGCCUUUUUCUCAAGAACCCAGACUUGUACAACAGCUUAA